AUGUCUGCUAUUGCCCAGAAAAUUCUUGUCGUAGGUGGUAAUGGGUUCGUCGGUUCUGCGGUGUGCAAGGCUGCUCUUGCGCGGGGUAUGGGGGUCACCAGUGUUAGUUCAUCUGGGAUGCCUUACCGCACCCCAAAAGGCCAUACCCCAGACUGGGCAGAGAAGGUAGAAUGGCGAAAAGCUGACGCUAUGAAUCCCGACACAUAUGCUGAUAUUCUACCUGGCGUCAACGCAGUCGUGCACACCAUAGGCACCCUCCUUGAUAAUACACAACGCAAUAAACAGUUCCACGAUAAGGACUUUGUGGGCUUGCUUAAGUCCAUUACGGGCAUCAGCCCGGUAGAGGCACGUCAUCUAGGAGCCUACGAAAAACUUAAUCGUGAUACUGCCAUCCGUAUGUGUGAGGCGUUUACUGCUAGUAAACCCACACAAGGAAUUACGCAUGUUCGACCGUUUGUCUACGUUUCCGCAGAGGACUUUCACAGGCCUGCUAUAUCCAAAAUCGAUGAGAUCAUGAAAGAUCAUCCACAGUAUCGAGCAGUACACGUUCGGCCUUCUAUGAUAUACGACCCCGAGACUAGGCCGAUGACCAUCCCAGCCAACCUCUUCACCUUCUCGGCGUGGAUGCACGCAGCCAUGCCGUCCUUUGUACCGAUGCCAGCGUCCAUCGUCCGCUGGCUCGGCACGAGCGUGUUCCCAAAGGCGACUGAGCAGACACCUUCGGCGUUGGUAUCUAUGGCCACCUUGUUGAGCGUCCCACCAAUUCGUGUCGACCACUUGGCCGAAGCUAUCUGUGUUUCCUUGGAUCCUGCUAAAAACGUUAGGGGACCCGUUGGCGUACGUGCUAUGAGGGAGCUGAUUGGAUGGUCCAAAGGGGGACCCACUCCUACUUCGUCAGACUCUUAAUUGUUUGCUGAUGGUAGAACGUUGUUCACUGUCUCAUCUAAAUGAAGACGUUUGCUGUCAAGAACCCUACCAUAUUGGUUGCUGGUCGGCGAGCAGGCUCCAAUGGCAUAAUACAUCUUGAAUUAGCAUCAUGCCUGUAUGCCCAUCAACAGAAUUGCAAAAUUGAGUGUGCCAUUAGCACCCAUCACUUCAAAGGGAACUUGCCAACCUCCCAAGGCAAUUAAAUACUACGAUGAAAAAUUUGCGCUGACCUCCUUAAAAUCUACUUCGGAACACCAAACUUGAUACCACAAAAGCAGGAAU